AUUCGUUUAGGGAAAAUCGCCAGGAGCCCUGUGGUUUAGUGAAAGUGAACUAUUUUUUUCACAUUCCCAUCAACAUGACCUGCCUUCUCCAAGCAUUUCCGAGACUUUCUGCAGGGAUUUUCCUGUGUGUGCUUUGGGGCGUGGUUCUAGGGGACAGGCUGCUGGUGGUCCCGCAGGAUGGAAGCCACUGGCUCAGUAUGAAGGACAUAAUUGAGCUUCUCAGCGACAGGGGACACGACAUCGUAGUGGUAGUGCCAGAGGUGAAUUUGCUUCUGAAAGAAUCCAAAUACUACACAAGGACAGUCUACCCGGUGCCGUAUGACCAGGAAGAGCUGAAGGCCCGUUUCCUCUCCUUUGGAAAACAGCACUUUGCUGAGAGAUGGCUCCUGAACGCUGCCCAGACCGAGUACUGGAACAACAUGAUUGUCGUUGACAUGUUCUACAUCAACUGCCAGAGCCUCCUGAAGGACGCUGCCACCCUGAGUUCCCUCAGGGAGAGCAAGUUCGAUGCCCUUCUCACAGACCCGGCCUUACCCUGCGGGGUGAUCCUGGCCGAGUACCUGGGCCUGCCCUCCGUGUACCUCUUCAGGGGCUUCCCGUGUUCCCUGGAGCACGCAUUCAGCAGAAGCCCGAGCCCCGUGUCCUACAUUCCCAGGUGCUACACCCAGUUCUCAGAACGGAUGACUUUCUCCCAACGGGUGGUCAACUUCCUGGUUAGUUACUUGGAGGACUUUCUGUUUUACUGUCUGUAUUCCAAGUACGAAGACCUCGCAUCAAGUAUCCUCAAGACAGAUGUGCACUUACCCACCUUGUAUCAGAAGGGCUCCAUCUGGCUGUUAAGAUACGACUUUGUGUUUGAGUAUCCCAGGCCAGUCCUGCCCAGCAUGGUCUUCAUUGGAGGGAGCAGGUGUGAAAAGCAGGGCGUCCUGUCUCAGGAAUUUGAAGGCUAUAUUAAUGCUUCUGGAAAACAUGGAAUUGUGGUUUUCUCUUUGGGCUCAAUGGUCUCGGAGAUUCCAGAGAAGAGAGCUAUGGAAAUUGCUGAUGCUUUGGGCAAAAUACCUCAGACGGUCCUAUGGCGGUACACUGGAGCGCCACCAUCAAAUCUUGCGAAGAAUACAAUCCUUGUCAAGUGGCUGCCCCAAAAUGAUCUGCUUGGUCACCCGAAGACCCGUGCCUUUAUCACACAUUCUGGCUCCCAUGGCAUUUACGAGGGUAUAUGCAACGGCGUUCCCAUGGUGAUGCUGCCCUUGUUUGGUGACCAGAUGGACAAUGCAAAGCGCAUAGAGACCCGGGGAGCUGGUGUGACCUUGAACGUCCUGGAAAUGACUUCUGAAGAUUUAGAAAACGCCCUCAAAACUGUCAUCAAUAACAAAAGCUAUAAGGAAAACAUCAUGCGCCUCUCCAGCCUUCACAAGGACCGCCCCAUUGAGCCGCUGGACCUGGCCGUGUUCUGGGUGGAAUUCGUGAUGAGGCACAAGGGGGCGCCGCAUCUGCGCCCCGCAGCCCACGACCUCACCUGGUACCAGUACCACUCUUUGGACGUCGUUGGCUUCCUCUUGGCCAUCGUGCUGGGCGUCGCCUUCAUUGUCUAUAAAUGUUGUGCCUUCGGCUACCGGAAAUGCUGUGGGAAAAAAGGGCGCGUUAAGAAAUCUCACAAAUCCAAGGCGCACUGAGAAGUGGGUGACCCAAACUUGCCAACAGACUCUGUCAAAUUCGUGCUAAGCUCCUUGAAGAGACACUUGCCGUGUUAGACACCCCGGAGUGCUCUCUAAAAAUAAAAAUAAUUUAAUUGCUAGUCACCCCUGUAUGUAAAAA